AUGGAGAUCCCGACAGAGCGACCUGCCAAUGCCGAUGAGACAGAGACGGUAUCUGAGAUGGCUGUGACCACGGCAGCUGGUGCCCUCGUAGCUGUGGUUGUCGUUCUUCGUUACACUGGUCGAUGGGUUUUGAGGAAGAGGGUUAAGCAAGGCAAAGGAUCCAAGGAGGCAGUCUACGGCUUGGAUGACCUUUUCAACGUGCUUGCGGUCCUGACGUUCUACGGCCUUUGUAUCGCGGUCUACUUUGCCAUCAGCAGAGGCAUGGGAACGCAUCUCACUCUGGUCCUCUUCGAAAGGGGACUCGCAGGUUUCAGUGCGUACAAUCAAUCGGUCUUUGUUUGUGCCAUCUUCUACAACACGACUCUUGGUAUGAUCAAGCUCAGCGUUCUUGCACUUUAUAGACGAAUUCUGCGUGGUGUUCAAUCUCAGAGGCUCCGCAUCAUUGUCUGGAGUGUAUUUGGCAUCGUCGCCUGCAACACGACAGCCAACGUGCUUGUCGCGAUAUUCCAGUGCUGGCCCAUCAAGGCAGCGUGGGAUGUGACCAUAAGCCCUAAUGACAAGCGAUGCGUUGAUGUCAAUGCCUUCUACCUGGGCAACGCCAUCACAGGUGUAAUUACAGAUGCAAUGGUGUACCUCCUUUCCAUCCCCAUCGUUAGGCCUCUUCAAUUAGAUGGAAGGACGAAGAUUCAAUUACUAGCAACCAUGUUGAUUGGCGGAUUUGCCGUAGUGACAGCCGCCGUUCGUCUCGGGUUCAUUCCCGCACUCCUUUCCGAUGCCGAUACGACUAUGGCGAUGGCGAUACCGAUGAACUGGUCAGUGGCCGAGCCCGCAGUUGGCAUUCUCGUUUCGAGCAUGCCUGCCAUACGUGCCAUUCGGUUCAUGUGGCGCAAACCAGGAGACGAUUCGUACGGCUCUGGUGCCGCUCAUUCCACACUCAAGAGCCGGGGAGGUCACAUACAGCUCAUCGAUAUGAAGAAUGGCGGUACGGAAGGUGGCAAAACCAGAAGUGCCGACAACGACAGCGAAGAGCACCUUGUUGAAGGAACGUAUGGGCUGAAGGGAUUGGGACAGAUCUCAAGAACGACCGAGUUGGAGGUCGCAUACUCCACGAAGUCAAGGGAAACCAACGUUAUAUGAGUGAUACCGUAUGACCGGCUGGCUGCAAGUAGAGCUGAUACAAUGAGUCUCCUGGCGAGACUCGAUUCUGUUCAGAGGUUUCUGCUAAGGUAUUCGAUGACGCGACUACGGUAUUAUUCAUAUUCAUGCUGCUUUGUGGACAGUGUUGACUUCAAUGACGUUUCCUGGUCCUGGAUCUGCAGGGAAACAUCGCUGAUCAAACGUCGCUGGUCAUUAUGUUCGUUACCAGUCAUAGGUAGCGGCUAAGUGGCUUGCGGCUUGUGCAAAGGCUCAGCAUCGUAUGUUUAGAGAGAGGGUAGAUGGGAGAUGGAUUUUUGAUGGGGAAAGGAGACGCA